GUGACCACAGCAGAAAUAGUACGGAAUAUUACCGAAACAUUCGAGGUCCUUCACGAAGACCAAGCGCAAAGGCGCAUAACCAUCCCUAGCGAAAUCGUAGACCCGGCGAAGUCUGUCGUUUCGAAAGCAGAAGAGCAUAUCGCAACGGCCGUGGCCUCUGCAAAGCAAGCGGUCAGCACAUCGCUUGUCGACAUCUGGCAAAACACCAAGUCCAAGUUCUUUGACGACCUGACUCGGUGGGAAGACAUGGUGCCUGUCUACUUCUGUCUUCAAACGCGGGGCGUGUGGCAGCUGGGCUACCCGAACUCGACCAGCAGAAUCGUCUCAUCUAAGGACUUUGACGUCUUAGAUGCCCUCCAAAUCACGGAACUCGACAGCCUGUUCAGCAUGGCACGCCAGAUUGUCCCCGGGCUGCCGGACGGCUUA